AUGGACAUGACACAGCGAUUUUGCGCAUGCGCGAAUCUGUAUUUGUGGGCGUGGCGUAAGGCAGCAACGAGAAAGAUGUUUGGCAGCUCAGCGUUCUCAGGAGGGAGCGCAGCUCAAAACCCGAACAAAGAUAUUGCCGUCACGCAGCCUCCAAACGACUCUAUUAGUAAACUGGCCUUCUCUCCCACUGCCAACUACCUCAUAGCUUCGUCCUGGGACAACAACGUCCGCUGCUGGGAGGUGCAGGAGAACGGUCAGAGUGAGGCAAAGGCUGAGCAGAACCACUCGGCUCCAGUCCUCGAUUGCUGCUGGCAUGUGGACGGUACGAAAGUGUUCACGGCCUCGUGUGAUAAGACGUGUAAGGUGUGGGAUCUACAGACCAACCAGGCCACACCCGUUGCCAUUCACGACGCACCUAUCAAGAGCGUUGCCUGGAUACAGGCUCCCAACUACUCCUGCAUUCUCACUGCCUCUUGGGACAAGACUCUUAAGUUCUGGGACCUGAGGCAGCAGACCCCCGUGGGACAGCUGCAGCUUCCUGAGAGGGCCUACUGCAUGGAUGUCAUGUACCCCAUGGCGGUGGUGGGGACCGCCUCUAGAGGUCUCAUUAUAUAUACUCUGGAGGGAGGACCCGCAGAGUACCGCAGCAGAAACAAAAGAAUGUGUUCAUAUUCUCAAUCGUUCUCUCCCUCCCAACAGAAGAUUGACAGUCCGCUGAAGUACCAACAUCGCUGUGUCUGCAUCUUCAAGGAGAAACAAGGUCUGCCGACUGGCUUUGCUCUCGGCUCCAUCGAAGGCAGGGUUGCCAUCCACUACGCCAACCCUCCAAAUCCGGCGAAGGAUAACUUCACGUUCAAGUGUCAUCGAUCGGCAGUCACUGGACCUGGCCAGACACAAGACAUAUUUGCAGUUAACUGCAUUGCCUUCCAUCCAGUUCACAACACCCUAGCAACGGUGGGUAGCGACGGGAAGUUCAGUUUCUGGGACAAAGAUGCUCGAACGAAACUGAAGACUUCGGAAGCGAUGGAUCAGCCGAUAUCUUCAUGUGCCUUCAACUGCAAUGGCAAUAUCUGUGCCUACUCCGUCAGCUAUGACUGGUCCAAGGGUCACGAGCACCACUCCACUCAGAAGAAAAACUCUAUUUUCCUGAGGUCUGUACAAGAAGAGAUGAAACCUCGCUCCAAGAAACGAUGAGACUGAGUCGACGUGUUAUGAAAACCAGUCAAACUUGUUUUUAUGCAUGCACCUCUUAUUGUACUCCACCAGCAAAAGGAUGAACUAAAGGCUAACAUUGCACACAGCGAAAGGCUGUGACACGUGCUCCAGUGAAAAUGUAAAAAAACCAGUCAAACUUUCUUUUAUCACGCACACAAACACACAAUAUAUACAGUGAUUUCAGACACACAGCAGUUUCAGACCAUGUCUCAUAGACACUCACACAGACAAACAGAAAUUUAAAAAACAGGAGAACGCGGGAAUGUUGUGUAUGUAGUUGGCACACAAGAGUUCCAUCAGUGAAUGUUGCACAGUAGCACACACCGACACACACAGUCCGAGGGGUGGUGGGGGGCGUUAAUUGGAGUUCUCCUUACUGGCCAACAUGGCCUCCAGCUGGUCUGCCGCUCGCAACAAGAACCCCGCAGAUUCCCGGUAACCGGAAAUGAGUUGUCGGACUGCAGUGACCUCUGACCCUGAGAGGGAGGACGAGGAGGAAGCAGGAGCUGCCAGGGGGUGUGGCCUAUCGCUACCGACAACGCCAGUUGCCACGGAGUCUAGUUUUAUCCUCUUUGUAUCGGCGAGUGUGAUGUGUGGAGGUGGGGAGGAGGGGGAGGGAGGGGACGAUGGCAGAACGGCUUCAUCCAGUAGCUGUGUGGGCUCCGUGGACGACGGCCCCAUUGCCAUGGAAACAAUGGGCGGAGGGGUGGGGACGGGGGAGGGCUCCUGACUCCUCGGGGAAGUUCCCAUUCCAUUGGGAGUUGUGUGGUGAUCUCUCACUUUCCGCGACCGUCUGUAUGACUUGAGAAAUGUCCUGAUCCUCUUGCGGACACAGGUGGAGAACUCGGGGAAUUUGGAACUGGCGUCCGCGAUGAUCUGGGAGACCAGCUCGCGAGGCUGAUGGGAGAUGGGGAUCAGAACAUCCAGUCUCUGCUCUAUCACUCCUCUGACGUACGUCUAGUGGAGGGAGGGAGGGGAAUAUCAGGGGAACUCCUUUAAUCUGGACACCAAUGGAACGUAAGUAUCCAUGGGUGUCUUUAUUUGAGGGAUUGAAUUUCAUGCAAGAACUUUUCUUGGGGAAAGAAAGGGUGUCUUCAUUUCAGAGGUGU